AUGAUUGUGAAAUACAGUGAUGCCACAUCGCUCGUUGCACUGAGAUGCGACUUUGGAUUUAAUCCAAAAAAGUUUUCUGUGCACAAGGAAACCAUUUCGCUAUAUUCACCUGUGCUUGCUAAGUUCUUCGAAGACGGUUCUAUCCCGAAAACCUACGUAUUGAACACUGGUGAGGGAGCUGCCACGCGUUUGGUGCAGUGGCUCUACUCUCAGAAGCUCAUCAUACAUCAAUUACACAAGUACUGCAGUGAGCAUUGCGCAGCUCACAGGCAUAAGGAAGAUCGCGAUCUAGUGGAGUUAUGGGACUUAGCAGAACGCUUGGAGAUCUCUCCUCUUCAGAAUCUGGUCAUCGACAGCAUGGAGCAAAUUGCACAACACUGCGGCUGUCCACCAUGGACCUGCAUCCUAAGAGCAUACCAGAUCACCACGAAGGACAGCAAACUUCAGAAGUACCUUGUCGCGCUUUGUUCCAACACAUUCAGCCGCGACAAACCAGAAGACUAUAAGGGUAUUCCGCCAGCAUUCUACAGAGAUUUGGCUGUUUAUGCAUGUGGAAAGCUCAAGCUGCUCAACGAGAGCGAGAAGGCUUACGAUCUGGAGAAUGUUUACUGUGAUGCUGAGAAAGAGCUAUAA